UUUCCCCACGUCUUAGUUUUUAUACAGUUCUUACUCACAAAGUGACAGUGUGACACCCAAUAAAUUCACAUUUGCAAUCACAUAAUUUUUUGAUAUCAAAUCAAUUCCAAAAACAUUAUUAUCAUUUACUCCAUUUUCCCUGUUAAAUACAUCAUCAUAUCCUUCUUCUUCAUACCAUCGUACGGAGAUACCCAUCAACUUCAAUACAUCCAAUUAUUAAUUUAUUGAAAGGGGAAAAAAUGGAGAUUCCGACGCCGGAAAACGGCGAAAGAUGUCGGAGUACAGGGACACGGAAUUGGAGGUGUCGUGAAAGAGCUCUCCCUGGAAGAAUUUACUGUCUAAAACAUUAUAAUGAAAGCAUUAACCGGAGACAACUUCACCGCCCUAAUAAGGAAAUCUCCGACGCUAAUCUGGUCGGAGAUUCUUCUUCUUCUCCUUCCAAUAUUGCUGUUGAACCGUAUCGACCGGUGAUUGAUUUCGGGUUGCAAGAUAAUUCCGGUUGGACCGGUGGUGAGCAGGGUUUUGUAGGGAAUGAUGGAAUUUGCGUUAGUGAACCGGGUUUUGCCGUUAGAGAAGUGGAUAUGAUUGGAAAUGAUUAUAAUGCGCUUGGAGAUCCGUUUGAUUGGGUCUAUAUUGAACCGGGUUUUGAUCCCCAAAAACAGGUUUUAUUAAAAAGCGGCAUUGUAAAUGACAAUGUAGUCCUUCUUAUGACGAGGGAGGCUCAAUUUACUCCGAACCGCACCAGUCCUGAACCGAACCUUAAACCAAAUGAUCAAAUUUCAAUUGGAGGUGGUAAUGAAAACACCAGCAUUGCCCUUGGUUUUGUAGAACCGGGUUUUUUUGAUGGAAAUGAUGGUUUUGUUAUUAGUGAACCGGGUUCGGCUUUUGAAGGAAAAGAGAGGGUUUUGGGAGUAGCAAAAGACUAUAAUAUCCUUGGGUGUGAUGGUGAAAAAAGUACAUGUGUAAGUGCUCAACCUGGUGGAAUAUAUGGACAGAAAGAGUGUAAAGAAAAGGGUGUACUAAUUGUAGAUGAACAGAUGGUAAGCAAAAGUAUAUCAAAAAUGAUUGGGAAAAACGAGGUUGAUGGGAAUUUUGAUGAAAUUGACGCCCAAUGUAGUGAAGUUAGAAUCAAAGAAAUGAUGAGUCAAGGGCAAAAACGGAAAAGGGGUAGACCAAAAGGUUCUAAGAGCAAGAAAAAGAUGGUUGAUGAUCAAAAUAUGAGAAAUAGGAGUAGAAUUCAGCAGUCAAAAAGAGUAAGUGGGGUUUUUGAUAAUGAGAGAAAUGAUGAUGUUGGUAAGAGGGUUCGGCAAUUGUUUGAGUCUGAUAGCGAACAAGAAGAUUGCUUUCUGGGUAUAAAAGAUGUGAGUUUUGAAGAUGAAAAGAGAAUUGUGGGUUUUGAAGAUCAAAAAGUAAGUGUUGAUGAACAAGUUGUUAAGGCAAAGAAGAAGAGAGGGAGACCAAAGGGCGUGAAGAAUAAGCCAAAAUUGGGUGUUAAAAACAGUGAGAAGGAGAAAGAACAAGUUCAUGUUAGUGCAGCAAUGGGGUUUCGUUAUGCUAAGAUUAAGAAUGGUUCAAAAAAGAGAAAUAAGGAUGUAACCUUUUCUGGUGAAAUGAAUCAUGAAAUUGUGAUUGCUUUGGAGCGCCUUGAAUCGGCAAUGGGGAAUAAGGCGGAAAGGUGUAGGACCCAUCAAGGUUCAACGGAGACAAUGAAGGAUAUCACUGUAGUGACUGAGUUUGAGAAGAAAGUUGAGAGGCGUGGGCGGCCCAAAGGGUGGAAGAGUAGAAUGCAGGAUGUGAAGGAUGAUCCAAGUUUUAAGGGAACUAAUGGGGUUAAAGCUUGCCCUUCUCUGAAACGAAAGAAGCGUGGGCGGCCUAAAGGAUUGCGAAACAAACGGUUAAUCCUUGUUGAUGGAGUCAUUCACAAAGUUAUAUCACAAGGCGGAAGGGGAUUCAUGGUGCAGGAAGAUAUGGACAUUUUGGGAUUUCAAGGGCAGUGUGUAAAUAAAAAGGUAGAUGAAGAAAAAGUGUUUGAUACAUCAACAAGUAAACAGAAGAUCUCUGACCGCCAGUUGAGAGCAAGAAUUGGGGUGGAGGGUGGCAAUAAAUUGAAAAGAGAGCGAGCCUUAAUGUGCCACCAGUGUCGCAGAUCUGAGAUAAAAGAUAUUAUUGUUUGCUCAUAUUGCAAAAAGAAGCGCUAUUGUUACUCUUGCAUUUCAAAUUGGUAUCCUGAAAGAACAAGGAAGGAAGUAGAGGAGGUAUGUCCUUUCUGCCGUGGUAACUGCAAUUGCAAAUUAUGCCUCCAGGAUAAGCUAGUUAUGAAGGAUAGACAUAAAAAUAUGGAUAGAAAGAUCAAGUUAGAGAGGCUUAUGUACAUAAUGUGCAAAAUCAAUCCCCUCCUAAAGCGUAUACAAAAGGAGCAGAAAGUAGAGCUAGAAGUGGAAGCUACAACACUUGGAAAAGCUCUUAAAGAAGAAGAUAUAAAGACGACUGGACUUGAUCAAGAUGACCGCAUAUAUUGUGAUAAUUGCAACACAUCCAUUGUUAAUUUCCACAGAAGCUGCCCCAGUUGCUCAUACGAUCUCUGUCUAUCCUGUUGUCAAGAACUUAGAUUAGGUGUUAGAUCCGAAGACCUGGAUCCUGGAUCCUCAUAUCAUGAUUCAUUGGCUAAUAACCACAAACUUGAUGCUGAUAAAUUACAACCAGGUAGAGGUAGCCGGAAAUCAAAUUUAGAUGGUAGCAUUAUUUGCCCUUCAGAAGGAUGUGGUGGUUGUGGACUUCACAUACUUGAACUACGACGUAUAUUUGAACCUAACUGGGUAGACAUGCUAAUUGAAAGUAUAGAUGAGGUCACUACUGAUUUUCAUCUACCCAAGAUAGAUUCUUGUCAAGAAUGCCCCAUAUGCCUCAGCUUCUCGGAUGCUUCUGAAACAAGAAAGGCUGCUUCAAGAGAAAAGAUGCAUGAUAAUUUUUUAUACUGUCCUAGUGCUGCAGAUAUCGAUGAACAUCAAAUUGACCAUUUUCAAAAGCAUUGGACGCGGGGUGAACCUGUGAUUGUUAGAGAUGUAUUCAAAGAAGGAUCUGGCUUGAGUUGGGAGCCGAUGGUGAUGUGGCGGGCGUUCAGAGGAGCUAAAAAGAUAAUGAAGGAAGACACUCUUAAUGUGAAAGCCAUUGAUUGUUUGGACUGGUGUGAGGUAGAGAUUGAUAUUUAUAAUUUUUUCAAAGGUUACUUGCAAGGUCGGCAACAUAGUAAUGGUUGGCCAGAGAUCUUAAAACUAAAGGAUUGGCCUGCUUCAAAUUUGUUUGAAGAAUGCUUACCGAGGCACUUUGCUGAGUUUAUUAUGAUGCUUCCUUAUAGCAAUUACACACAUCCUGAAUCCGGUAUUCUCAACCUUGCUACAAAAGUUCCCAAUAGUGCUCCAAAGCCAGAUUUGGGACCAAAGACAUACAUUGCUUAUGGCAUCGUAGAAGAGCUUGGCCAGGGUGACUCCGUAACAAAGCUGCACUGUGAUAUAUCUGAUGCGGUUAAUGUGUUGAUGCACACAACAAAGGUUAAUGUCUGCUCCAUGCAGCAGCGAGUCAUACACAAUUUGCAAAAAAGCUCCAGAGUUCAAACGCCAUUGUCUUCAGAUAAAUUGGACAAUGAUACUACAAAAACCAUUGAUGUUGGCCUCAACUUCUCCACCGACACGUUUUUCUGCGCUUGUGGAACUGGUGAAAAGUGUUCUGCUAAAGACUUUCCGUGUGCAGAGGUAGCUGGUUCUGCAAGUGUUGAUCAUUUGUCAGAAAUAUCUUUUUCUGCACAGAAAAGGGAGAAUGAUCAGAGAGUAAAUUAUAAUGAAAUUCACUUUGCUAAUGGAGCUGGCUUCUCAAAAAGUUUUGACUGUCCAGAGCUUGCUUGCAUUGAUGGAGAGUCGAACUUAUUUUCCGCAUUCCCUGGCUUAGAUGAAAAUAUAGUCAAAGGAGGUGCUGUAUGGGAUAUAUUCAGAAGGGAAGAUGCUCCUAAGCUUCAAGAGUAUUUGAAAAGGCAUCAACAAGAAUUUUAUCACAUCAACAAUCUUCCUGUGAAAUCUGUUGUUCAUCCCAUCCAUGAUCAAACCUUCUAUUUGACUAAAACCCACAAGAAGCAACUGAAGGAAGAGUUCGGGGUGGAACCUUGGACAUUUGAACAACACCUAGGCGAGGCCGUUUUCAUACCGGCUGGAUGUCCACAUCAAGUUAGAAAUAGAGUAUCUUGCAUCAAAGUGGCGCUUGACUUUGUAUCCCCUGAGAACGUUGAAGAAUGCAUUAGAUUGACGGAAGAGUUUCGCUUGCUUCCCAAGAACCAUAGAUCUAAGGAGGACAAAUUGGAGGUGAAAAAGAUGGCACUUUAUGCUGCAGAUUCUGUUGUGAAAGAGUUUAAUAAACUGAAGAUUGAUUCCAAAUGAGGUUUUCGAUUGUUGUUUCAAUUGAUUCACCAUUCAUCUCAUUAAUGUAUUUGUAAACAUUUGAAAAUUAGGUUUAGAUUUGAGAUCUCAUUGGCGACAAGGAUAUUAAUCUCCUACCUGUAGAUCAUAGGAUUAAGCAAAUCAGUAUAUCAAUAAAAAGUUCAUAUUAUUUACAGAAAUGCCAUUACACUUUUUAAGCAUGUAUGUACACCUUUUAGAUGAUGUCAAAUCAUUUACAAAAUUGCUAC